GUGGGCCACUUCCUUAUCCCUAAAACCACUAUUCCUUUCCUCAGAUUUAUAUUCUGGUUGUCCGAAGCGAUCACACCCAGUAUCCAGAGGUCGGAUGUAGCUGGAGAGAUGAUCACUACAGUGCUGAAGAUUUCGGAGAGACUGGGAGCACUGUCGGUCAACCGGACGGACAAGAGACUGUUCUGGGUCCAGUUCAGUCUGGAGGGAGAAAGUGCCAUUGGAUCAUGUGACUACAAUGGGAAUGUUAUCAAUGUCAUUGAUCAGCCACUACGGUAAGCAGAAUAUGUAAUUCUAGUUAUUAAGUCACUAAUUUGUAACUACAAUGGUUCACUAUGUUGACAUAUUCUAAUGAGACCAUGUUGCAUUAGGGCAGCUAUCUAUAUUUGGCACUAGAACAAUAUAUAAUUAGAUAUCACUUGUAGAUCGGUAUAUAUCAUUGCUAACUUCUCAAUAUUCUUCCCACCAGGUCUCAGUCUUUGGGGAUGUCUGUGUUCCUGGAGCAAGUCUAUUACACUGAUGUGACAUCACGGACCAUAUGGUAAUUCAGUAAGUACUCAGGGGGUGAGGCAGAUAACGUCAACCUAAAGCAAAUGACAAACCCCCCUAUUGCUGUCAAGGUGGUACAUCCCCUCAACCAGCCAAUUGAAGACUCCAUGCCUGUCUUUCCCGGUCAGAGUUCAAGGUCUGUUUCCUCAUUCCUCAAUAAAUGUGGUCUUACUCCACAUUGAGACGUACCAUGAACUAUUUUUUAAAAAUCUGUUCUAAAACUGUUCUAAAACCUUGAACUCUGUUCUAAAACUAUUUUCCAAGACCUUGAACUCUGUUCUAAAACUCAGUUCCAAGACCUUGAACUCUGUUCUAAAACUCUGUUCUAAAACCUUGAACUCUCUUCUAAAACUCUGUUCUAAAACCCUGAACUCUGUUCUAAAACCCUGACCUCUGUUCUAAAACCCUGAACUCUGUUCUAAAACUUUGAACUCUGUUCUAAAACUCUGUUCUAAAAUUCUGUUCCAAGACAUUGAACUCGGUUCUAAAAUCCUGAACUCUGUUCUAAAACUCUGUUCUAAAACUUUGAACUCUGUUCUAAAACUCUGUUCUAAAACUCUGUUCCAAGACAUUGAACUCGGUUCUAAAAUCCUGAACUCUGUUCUAAAACUCUGUUCCAAACCUUUAACUUUGUCCUAAAACUCUGUUCUAAAACUAUGUUACAAAACUCUGAACUCUGUUCUAAAACUAUUUUUCAAAACCUUGAACUCUGUUCUAAAACUCUGUUCCAAAACCUUCAACUCUGUUCUAAAACUCUGUACUAAAACCUUGAGCUCUGUUCUAAAACUAUUUUCCAAAACCAUGAACUCUGUUCUAAACCUGUUCUAUCUAUAACCGUUUCAAUGCAGAGUGGGAUGGUCGUACAGGAGAAUGUGUGAAUGUUUGCUCCAACCCUGCUGAGCAGGAGAUCUGCCAGUGCACUGAAGGUUUUGACAUUAGCAAACACGGGAACUACUGUGAAGGUAUGAUAUCCAUUAGUUUAGCACCAAUGCUGUGCUAUGCUAUAUGAUGUGAUAUUAUGACAUUUCAGUGUUACAUAUUUAUUCUAUUAAUUAUUAAGUGUGAAAUGGAUGAUUACCUGGGAUUACUAAUAAAUAAUUUGACUAAACAUACAUUAAUCACAUCCUAGAUGUCAAUGAGUGUGGCCUGUGGGACCACGGCUGUUCCUUGGGCUGUGAGAACAUUCCAGGCUCCUACUUUUGCACAUGUCCCAAAGGUUACGCUCUGCUUCCUGAUAGGAAGAUCUGCCAAGGUAAGACAGUGCUGCUGAACCACUGAUAUGUGUCAAGAAAGGGAUUACCCUUUAAGGUCUGUGCUGUUCCUUAACCAAAGGUGGUAUUGUCUUGUUCAUUUGGAAAGUAUGGUUAUUUACUCCCAAAUGUAUCUCUUGAAAAUGCAUUGAUAUUAAUUCACAUAAGCGACAAACACUUUGUUGUACAUGUUGUGUGUUUAGACAUGUAUUUGUGUAUCGGUGUACUUCACUAAUACAUAUCUAGCGUUAAGCAAUUGCCUCUGAGGUUCAAAAUGGCUCCCUUGUCUCUGACCAGAGAGCGGAGGUAUGUGAGGAUCAGGCAGAUGUGAGAGGAAGUCUGCCGGAUUACACCUAUGUGCCAGUCGUGUUAGAAGGGGCACAGCAUUAUACUAACCCCUGAAACAAGAUGGCGGGUAACUGUACUUUAAGGACCUGCAUUGGCAUGUUUGUUGUCAGUGCUCUAAACAUACUCAUAGUUGCUUGAAAACAUAUAGAGGUACAUGUUGAGAUAAUGUAUGGUGUUACCUGUCAUUUGGGGCGACUGCUAUGGAAUUUGGCUCCGAUAAAUGUCUUAGAAGAGUCCUUUCAUUUAUCCUAUUUGGAUCCACUCUUUUGAUAGUUCCCUUUUCUCCACUGGUCCAGAUGACAAAGUUGUGAACCCAGUCGAACACAAGGCCUGAGAUGCCUUUCUCAGACAAGUACAGCUUCUAAAAAGGAUGCAGUACAGUUGUGGAUCUAGAACCAUUCAUGUCAUUGACUCAACCUCGCAUGAAAUAGAGAUUAGCAUAUGGUCCACUGACAAAUAGUAGGUAAUACCGUGUCCAUAUUAGGACAGCCUCAGAGUCAUAAUACAGUGUCCAUAAUAGGACAGCAUUUGACAUUAUACUUUACAUUUUAGUCAUUUAGCAGACGUUCUUAUCCAGAUCGACUUACAGUGCAUUCAUUUUAAGAUAACUAAGAGAGACAAACGCAAAUCACCAUCAUAGAAAUCACAUACACUCCCAGUCAAAAGUUUGGACAAACCUACUCAUUCAAGGGUUUUUCUUUAUUUUUAAUAUUUUCUACAUUGUAGAAUAAUAGUGAACACAUCAAAACUAUGAAAUAAGACAUAUGGAAUCAUGUAGUAACCAGAAAAGUGUUAAACAAAUCAAAAUAUAUUUUAGAUUUUAGAUUCUUCAAAGUAGCCACACUACUUUCUCAACCAGCUUCAUUAGGAAUGCUUUUCGAACAGUCUUGAAGGAGUUCCCACAUAUGCUGAGCACUUGUUGGCUGCUUUUCCUUCACUCUGUGGUCCAACUCAUCCCAAACCAUCUCAAUUGGGUUGAGGUCGGGUGAUUGUGGAGGCCAGGUCAUCUGAUGCAGCACUCCAUCACUCUCCUUCUUGGUAAAAUAGCCCUUACACAGCCUGGAAGUGUUUUCCUGUUGAAAAACAAAUGAUAGUCCCACUAAGCGCAAACCUGAUGGGAUGGUGUAUCGCUGCAGAAUGCUGUGGUAGCCAUGCUGGUUAAUUGUGCCUUGAAUUCUAAACAAAUCACAGACACUGUCACCAGCAAAGCACCCCACACUAUCACACCUCCUCCUGGUUGAGAGAAUGCCAAGAGUGUGUAAAGCUGUCAUCAAGGUAAAGGGUGGGUACUUUGAAGAAUCUAAAAUCUAAAAUAUAUUUUGAUUUGUUUAACACUUUUUUGAUUACUACAUGAUUCCAUAUGUGUUAUUUCAUAGUUUUGAUGUAUUCACUAUUAUUCUACAAUGUAGAAAAUACUAAAAAAUAAGAAACUCCCGAGUGGCGCAGUGGUCUAAGGCACUGCAUCUCAGUGCUUGAGGUGUCACUACAGACCCCCUGGUUCGAUUCCAGGCUGUAUCACAACCGGCCGUGAUUGGGAGUCCCAUAGGGCGGCGCACAAUUGGCCCAGCGUCGUCCGGGUUUGGCCGGUGUAGGCCGUCAUUGUAAAUAAGAAUUUGUUCUUAACUGACUUGCCUAGUUAAAUAAAGGUAAAAAAUAAAACUUAAAUGGGUAGGUGUGUCCAAAUUUUUGACUGGUACUGUACAUCUUCCUCAAUAAGUAGCUAUCAGCAAAUGCAGUACUAGUAAGAAAAGACAAGUGUGAAUGUUAGUUCAAGAAAGGAAUUGUUGUUAUUGUUUGUUUGUUUUUAGGGUGUUGUGGCAUUAAUCGAGACACUCUUUGAAGAGGGAGGUGACUGUAACUCUUGUCCUUAUAUGGGCACCGUAAUGUUACAGUCUGUUUCAUAUUUUUUUAAGGUGAACUAGUAGUAUGUGGAUGCACCUGUCUCUGUGUUCCAUCCAUUGCUGCUUUGUAGAUGACCCCUGCCUUUUUAUUUGCCCAGUAAACUCUCUCCUCUGUGUAGUGGAAGUCCGGAAGAAUCGAGUUGCCAACACUGGCCACAACCCUUUUGUUCUAAUCGGUAUAUGGCCUUACCAUGGCCGAAGAUCAGCUCUGGAGCUUUCCAAAAGGAACAGAGAUUCUCAAUCAUAGAUGGUAGAUAGCGUAUAGUGCAUGAUAAUGCUCAUUAUCCCAUCACACAAAAUAUAAACCUGGAGGACUGUGAUGUUUGGGAUUUCAGAAGUGACCUACACCGGACCCACAUCUUGGACCGGACGUGACCGGACGUGACGUAAGAUUUGAAAUGAAGUACUUCUAGAGAAAUGUACUUUUCUAGAGAAACUGAAGGUGAGUACACAGUACAUAGUAGUAUUAUGAUGUGGCAGUUUGUGGUUGGUAGCUGUCCAUGUGCUCUAUACGCUCACAUCGUUUCCUGGCUGACUCACUAUUGCUAUAGAAUUAGCUACUUCAUUGGCAGUCCCUUUUCAAUGUGUGCUGCUCUGUGUUGAUACCUUUGUUGAAUCAAUAUUGCUGGCUAAAAGCCUCUUCAUAUGGCUCUAAUGGGGUGGAGUUCAAGGCAGCUCUGGCUGCUUCCCAAUUAAACAGUCAUCUCUUAGCAACAUGUGCUUUCACACUCUCCUUUCACAUGGUGAAUAUCCUCAUAUGUCAGUGAAGACAGUCUUGGACAGUCUUGCUUGUACAAUUUCUGAUGUGUGAGAUCUUUUGUAUCUUUCAAGCAGAGUAAUAUUGAUUCAAAUGAUAGAAAAUGGUGAAAAAAUGUUUAGCUUGUGAAAAGGUCCAAAACAUGAAUGCUAGUUGUGUUGUGUUGUGUUGUAUUGUGGUGUGUUGUGUUGUUGUGUUGUGGUCUGUUGUGGUGUGGUGUGUUGUGUUGUUGUGUUGUAUUGUGGUGAGUUGUAUUUUGGUGUGUUGUGUUCUGGUGGCUUGUAUUGUGGUGUGGUGUGGUGUAUUGUGUUGUGGUGUGUUGUGGUGUGGUUUGUUGUGUUGUGUUGUAUUGUGGUGUGUGGUGUUGUAUUGUGGUGUGUGUUGGUGUGUGUGUAUGGUGUGUUGUGGUGUGUUGUGUUCUGGUGGGUUGUAUUGUGAUGUGUUGUAUUGUAUUGUGCUGUGUUGUGGUGUGUUGUAUUUUGGUGUGUUGUGGUGUGUUGUAUUUUGUUCUGGUGGGUUGUGGUGUGGUUUGUUGUGUUGUGUGGUGUGUUUUGGUGUGUUGUGUUCUGGUGGGUUGUAUUGUGCUGUUUUGUGUUGUGUUGUAUUUUGGUGGAUUGUAUUGUGCUGUGGUGUGGUUUGUUGUAUUGGGUUGUAUUGUGGUGUGUUGUAUUGGGGUGUGUUGUAUUGUGUUGUGUUGUGUUGUGUUGUGGUGUGGUAUAUUUUGUUCUGGUGGGUUGUAUUAUGGUGUGUUGUGUUGUGUUAUAUUUUGGUGUGUUGUAGUGUGGUUUUUUGUAUUGUGUUUUGGUGUGUUGUGUUCUGGUUGGUUGUAUUGUGGUGUGUGUUGUAUUUUUGUGUGUUGUGUUUUGGUGGGUUGUAUUGUGGUGUGGUAUUGUGUUUUGGUGUGUUGUACUGCGGUGUGUUGUAUUUUGGUGGGUUGUAUUGUGGUGUGUUGUGUUGUGUUGCAUUUUGGUGGGUUGUAUUUUUGUGUGGUGUGGUGUGUUGUGUUGCGUUGUAUUGUGUUGUGUUGUAUUUUGGUGUGUUGUGUUCUGGUGGGUUUUUUUUUUUGUUUGUGUGUUGUGUGUGUGUUUGUUGUGUUUGUUUUGUUGUGUGUGUGUGUGUUGUAUUUUGGUGUGUUGUGUUCUGGUGUGUUGUAUUGUGUUGUGUCGUGUCAUGUCAUGUUGUGUUGUAUUGUAUUGUGUUGUAUUGUGUCUGUCGUGUCGUAUUGUAGUGUGUUGUAUUGUGUUGUGUUUUUUUUAAUUCUAGGAUGUAGGUUAAACCAAUUAACUUGGGUUUGUUCGUAAUCUAGUAAUACCAUUUUCUCAUGAGUAAUUGAAUGCACCACUGAAGGUUUGAGUGUUGCCAAGCCAUUGAUGCAGAGUGCCUACAUACACUAGCAUUUAAAAGCUACUAAGCUACCACAUACACUACAUGUAAAUACACAUCUACCACACAAUAAGAAUUCAAUUUCUGAGUAGGAACCAGUCGUCUCCAUGAUGAUUAAGACCACUUUGGCUCAAGGUAUCCUUGAAAACAACAUAUUCUGCAUCAGCUUAAAAACAAGGUAGGGCCUAUAUUCAACAUUUUGUACCCUGACCUUUCUUCCUCUCUUUUCUCUGUCUACCUUACACCUUACUCUCCAGUGACCCCCCAGGCUCUUAUAUACAGCCAGUCACAGGACUAAGUCCUCUCCACUAAGAGUCUGUGAUUUGACCUAUAUAACCUGGGUGAGAGUUGGCACCUAGCUUCUGUCUGUCUGGUCUCUUUUAUUAGGCCUCAGGGGUCAAGGUAAAGUCUAGGGGCCCCAACCAGGGCUUUGAUACCUGUCGCAAAGGGGACCCAAACAGGGCUUUAAUACCUGUCACAAAUGGGACCCAAACAGGGCUUUCAUACCUGUUGCAAAGGGGACCCAAACAGGGCUUUGAUACCUGACGCAAAGGGGAACCAACCAGAGCUUUGAUACCUGUCGCAAAGGGGACCCAAACAGGGCUUUGAUACCUGUUACAAAGGGGACCCAAACAGGGCUUUGAUACCUGUCGCAAAGGGGCCCCAAACAGGGAUUUGAUAACUGUCACAAAGGGGCCCCAAACAGGGCUUUGAUACCUGCCACACAGGGCCCCCAAAUACCACAAAAGGCUGUGUAAGGAUGAAUGUGUAAAAAUACCACAGCAUAUGAUGUGGGAACUACUGAUGUUGGUUGGAACUAGUGUGUCACGGAUUCAGCCGAGGCUGCUCCUCCUCCUUGCUCGGGCAGGCUUCGGCGUUCGUCGUCACCGGAGUACUAGCUGCUACCGAUCUAUGUUCUGUGUUCUACUUGUCUUGUCUUUAUUGUUCACACCUGGUUCCCAUUAGGUAUUGAUUACUUCUCUAUUUAACCCUCUGGCUCCCACUGUAUGUUGUGCGUGUUUGUUCAUGUUUGGUUGUCGUCUGGUGAGCAGGUUUGUUUCCUCCCUGCGUGGAGGUUAUGUUAUUUACGUUACCUACGAGUAAAGUACUUUUUCGAUUAGCUCUGUGUCCUGCGCCUGACUUCGUCCUACCGCAUCACACUGACAUCCUGACAUAGUGAGGAAAACGUCUAUAUGAACACAAGAUAAACUCACUUAGACAGUUUUUUUAGAUUCUCUUUAUUUUUCCUACAUGAAAUUCCCUCCUGUUCACUAAUGUGUUUUAGUGUACAUUCAAUCUUACCUUGUGCUAAUGUGGAUGGAUACAUUUGGUGUAAUCACAAAUGACUAGACAUUACCUGAUUUCAAGUCUUCAGUGUGGGCCACUUCCUUAUCCCUAAAACCACUAUUCCUUUCCUCAGAUUUAUAUUCUGGUUGUCCGAAGCGAUCACACCCAGUAUCCAGAGGUCGGAUGUAGCUGGAGAGAUGAUCACUACAGUGCUGAAGAUUUCGGAGAGACUGGGAGCACUGUCGGUCAACCGGACGGACAAGAGACUGUUCUGGGUCCAGUUCAGUCUGGAGGGAGAAAGUGCCAUUGGAUCAUGUGACUACAAUGGGAAUGUUAUCAAUGUCAUUGAUCAGCCACUACGGUAAGCAGAAUAUGUAAUUCUAGUUAUUAAGUCACUAAUUUGUAACUACAAUGGUUCACUAUGUUGACAUAUUCUAAUGAGACCAUGUUGCAUUAGGGCAGCUAUCUAUAUUUGGCACUAGAACAAUAUAUAAUUAGAUAUCACUUGUAGAUCGGUAUAUAUCAUUGCUAACUUCUCAAUAUUCUUCCCACCAGGUCUCAGUCUUUGGGGAUGUCUGUGUUCCUGGAGCAAGUCUAUUACACUGAUGUGACAUCACGGACCAUAUGGUAAUUCAGUAAGUACUCAGGGGGUGAGGCAGAUAACGUCAACCUAAAGCAAAUGACAAACCCCCCUAUUGCUGUCAAGGUGGUACAUCCCCUCAACCAGCCAAUUGAAGACUCCAUGCCUGUCUUUCCCGGUCAGAGUUCAAGGUCUGUUUCCUCAUUCCUCAAUAAAUGUGGUCUUACUCCACAUUGAGACGUACCAUGAACUAUUUUUUAAAAAUCUGUUCUAAAACUGUUCUAAAACCUUGAACUCUGUUCUAAAACUAUUUUCCAAGACCUUGAACUCUGUUCUAAAACUCAGUUCCAAGACCUUGAACUCUGUUCUAAAACUCUGUUCUAAAACCUUGAACUCUCUUCUAAAACUCUGUUCUAAAACCCUGAACUCUGUUCUAAAACCCUGACCUCUGUUCUAAAACCCUGAACUCUGUUCUAAAACUUUGAACUCUGUUCUAAAACUCUGUUCUAAAAUUCUGUUCCAAGACAUUGAACUCGGUUCUAAAAUCCUGAACUCUGUUCUAAAACUCUGUUCUAAAACUUUGAACUCUGUUCUAAAACUCUGUUCUAAAACUCUGUUCCAAGACAUUGAACUCGGUUCUAAAAUCCUGAACUCUGUUCUAAAACUCUGUUCCAAACCUUUAACUUUGUCCUAAAACUCUGUUCUAAAACUAUGUUACAAAACUCUGAACUCUGUUCUAAAACUAUUUUUCAAAACCUUGAACUCUGUUCUAAAACUCUGUUCCAAAACCUUCAACUCUGUUCUAAAACUCUGUACUAAAACCUUGAGCUCUGUUCUAAAACUAUUUUCCAAAACCAUGAACUCUGUUCUAAACCUGUUCUAUCUAUAACCGUUUCAAUGCAGAGUGGGAUGGUCGUACAGGAGAAUGUGUGAAUGUUUGCUCCAACCCUGCUGAGCAGGAGAUCUGCCAGUGCACUGAAGGUUUUGACAUUAGCAAACACGGGAACUACUGUGAAGGUAUGAUAUCCAUUAGUUUAGCACCAAUGCUGUGCUAUGCUAUAUGAUGUGAUAUUAUGACAUUUCAGUGUUACAUAUUUAUUCUAUUAAUUAUUAAGUGUGAAAUGGAUGAUUACCUGGGAUUACUAAUAAAUAAUUUGACUAAACAUACAUUAAUCACAUCCUAGAUGUCAAUGAGUGUGGCCUGUGGGACCACGGCUGUUCCUUGGGCUGUGAGAACAUUCCAGGCUCCUACUUUUGCACAUGUCCCAAAGGUUACGCUCUGCUUCCUGAUAGGAAGAUCUGCCAAGGUAAGACAGUGCUGCUGAACCACUGAUAUGUGUCAAGAAAGGGAUUACCCUUUAAGGUCUGUGCUGUUCCUUAACCAAAGGUGGUAUUGUCUUGUUCAUUUGGAAAGUAUGGUUAUUUACUCCCAAAUGUAUCUCUUGAAAAUGCAUUGAUAUUAAUUCACAUAAGCGACAAACACUUUGUUGUACAUGUUGUGUGUUUAGACAUGUAUUUGUGUAUCGGUGUACUUCACUAAUACAUAUCUAGCGUUAAGCAAUUGCCUCUGAGGGUCAAAAUGGCUCCCUUGUCUCUGACCAGAGAGCGGAGGUAUGUGAGGAUCAGGCAGAUGUGAGAGGAAGUCUGCCGGAUUACACCUAUGUGCCAGUCGUGUUAGAAGGGGCACAGCAUUAUACUAACCCACAAACAAGAUGGCGGGUAACUGUACUUUAAGGACCUGCAUUGGCAUGUUUGUUGUCAGUGCUCUAAACAUACUCAUAGUUGCUUGAAAACAUAUAGAGGUACAUGUUGAGAUAAUGUAUGGUGUUACCUGUCAUUUGGGGCGACUGCUAUGGAAUUUGGCUCCGAUAAAUGUCUUAGAAGAGUCCUUUCAUUUAUCCUAUUUGGAUCCACUCUUUUGAUAGUUCCCUUUUCUCCACUGGUCCAGAUGACAAAGUUGUGAACCCAGUCGAACACAAGGCCUGA